UUCCACCACCUCUUGAUACCCCGUCCUUGUGUCGAAUCCUCACGCCCUUCCUCCUCCAUCCGAUAUAUACACAUUCACAGGCCUCACACAUCGUCAAAAUGGCGACAGUAACCUCCAAACAGCGCCUCGCCGUCGCAAUCUGCGAAUUCCUCUCCACCUCCGUCAACGACGGCACCCUCCCCGCCGACGACAAGGACUCCAUCGACGUCGCAAUCCAGUGCAUCGCAGACUCCUUCAAAGUCGACCCCACCGACAAGAAGAUCCUCGCAGAGGCCGUCGGCGCCCAGAACCUCUACCAAGUCUAUUCCGUCUACGAGAAGCUCAAGAAUGCCUCCACCCCCGCUGCGGCAGCAGGUGCCUCCGCCGGCGCAGCAGCAGCAGGCGCAGCCGACGCCGCCGCUUCCGCCUCCAAGACGGUAACCGAAGAAGAUAAGAAGGAGGCAGACGCCCUGAAGUCAAAGGGCAACGCCGCAAUGGCCUCAAAGGACUACCCCUCCGCCAUCGCCCUCUACACCCAAGCCCUGGCCCUGAACCCGGGCAACGCCGUCUUCCUCUCCAACCGCGCGGCCGCCCACUCCGCCGCCAAAGAUCACGAAUCCGCCAAAGCAGACGCUGAGGCCGCCGUCGCCGUCGACCCGGCCUACACGAAAGCCUGGUCCCGCCUCGGCCUCGCCCGCUUCGCCCUCGGCGACGCAAAGGGCGCAAUGGAGGCCUACGGAAAGGGCAUCGAGUUUGAAGGCUCCGGCGGCAGCGAGGCCAUGAAGAAGGGUUUCGAGACGGCCAAGCGCCGCGUCGAAGAGAUGUCGGUCGAGGAGCGCGAUCUGCCCCGCCAGUCGCCCGGUGUCGGCGGCGGCAUGGGCGGUGGUGCAGGUGGUAUGCCCGACCUGAGCAGUUUGGCGAGCAUGCUCGGAGGAGGUGGUGCCGGCGGUGCAGGCGGUGCUGGAGGCAUGCCCGAUUUCAGCCAGAUCAUGAACAACCCCAUGUUCGCGAGCAUGGCCCAGAACCUGAUGAGCAACCCCGAGAUGAUGGGCAACCUCAUGAGCAACCCUCGCCUGCGCGAGAUGGCCGACCGCUUCGGUAGCGGUGGCGGCAUGCCCGACCUGAACUCUCUCAUGUCUGACCCCAACAUUGCUGACAUGGCACGCAACAUGAUGGGCGGUGGAGGUGCGCCGGGCGGUGCACCGGGAGGCGCCCCUGGCGGAGGCGCCGGCGCUGGCCGUGGAGGCUCGGCGUAAAGUCUUGUUUAAGGAGAUCAAAUUCGUUUUUUACAGAACGUUACCGUUGAAGAAGCCGGGAAACAGUCAAUUACCGCUGGGACUCACUUUAGAAUUAUCCCAACAACAUACACAAAAUACACGUGCAUGAAUAGAAGACCACACGAUGGCCCAAUGAGUCGAAAUCGCUUGCUGAAAGUCAAGUGAUGUGCCUGCGAACCAGUGAAGGACUAUUGAGGUAACUAGGCAUGGUGAUCAAGCUACCGACCUGUCUUUUCCAUACACCCAGUCUAAUCUAAACUGUAAGAAUCCGCCAGUCUGUUCU